AUGCUGGGAAGAGCCGUUGAGACAAGAUUGGGAUCAUCUCGCGUCGUCGGCAGAUUGAGCGAAGUUUGGAUCCGACAAUCUGCAUCAUGGGCAACUUGCCAUUCCAACACUUCAGGACGAUUCUGGAACAAAGACACCAGUCAUCCGAACAUGGGACCUAGCACGGCACAAGCGACGAACGGCAUAAGAUCACCUCGACAAUCCGGUCGCAGCACAGGGCUGGCAGGGUCUGAUGAAGCUCUUGGGGCGUCACACGCCGCACGCCCCCCGACGUCAGUCAGGCACAGAGUCGUUGCUCGUCUCAAGUGCUCCACGAACACCACGGUCCAUAACGAACAUCUCUCCCUCUCUCUCUCUCUCUCUCUCUCUCUCUCUCCCGUCGUGGCUCUUGACCUUCUUCCCUUCUACACCAACCCCUCGGGCCUCCGCAUCCCAGACUGCCCCAUCCUCGGAACGGGUGCAAGAUCCAUAUUAGGAAAUGGUGGCCCGAGUGGUGCCAUGCAUAACAGCACUGGAUUCGGAUUAGCCCUUGCUAGGCUAGCGGCCCACGCACCACGGCCGUGGAAGGGGGGAGCCGGGGAGGCGUGGCCAAGGGUGUGCCGGCAGCUUGAGAGUUUGGGACUCCCUCAGUACAUUCCCGUGUGGGAGAAGGAGGAAGAGGCACGGGGUCAGUCGCCCUCGAUCUCACCCGCAAUCCCGGCUACUGCUGCCAGCCAGCCAGCAACACGGAUACACCCAUUACCUACUGCUCCCAUGUAUCCGUACUGCGUAGAAGUACGGAUACACUACGACUCUUUUCUUUCUGCCCACGCCAGACUCGAGAUCGUUGUUGUUAUGAUUAUGGUUCAGGCACACAACCAGCAUCGCUCAGGAUCCCCCCGAUGCACCCCCAAAUACAUCGAGAGACAGGCCAUCUUCCUACCUGUUGUCUUCCUCUUCCUCCUCUCCUCCCCUCCCCUCCCCUCCUCCCUCUUCACGGCCCCCGGUCUCAUCUACCUAAUGACCCAAGACGAGGACCUUGGACUGACCCUUGCUUCGCUACCAUCAGAAUCACACACCCCCGUCGUCGCCGCCUUUCGUCUGGUCCCAGGCCUGGCGCGAUUGUGGCAUCUCAUCGUCCAGGGAUCAUCGUGUGGAUUUACGCUUGAUCACCCAUUCCACUCUGCUUCGGGAGAUCUGAUAUACCUGCCUCCCCCAUCUGCCACCUCUACUCCAUCCACCCACCAACAAGCUUCUUUCACCAGGCCAUUUCAUACUUAA